ACCCACGGGGGUGACGCAGCAACCUGGGGACCUUGCUGGGUGGUGGGCUCAGGACCUCGCACACAGACCGAGCCCAGUCCUCGAGGCCAGAUCCUGGACUCCAGCAGGGCGCUGCCCACCCUGUGUGGCCCUAAACCAGUUGGGUCCACACCGGGUGCCCCGUACGGGGCUGGUGCAGGGGCAAGCACACCGUCUGCAUCCCCUCCAGCAGCCACACACGGCCUCCCUCUCUCCCCCCCCCCCCCCCGGCCGGCGCUGCCAUCGCUGCCCAAGAAGAUGGGAGACCCCUUUGGCCGCUGGAGCGGCCCCCCGUCCCGGGGCGAAACCGAAGACAUCUCCCACCUCCACCGCUCCAACAGCUUUGCCCGACCCAGUGGGAAAAGCAUCUACAACCAGCGCAAGGACUACAGCCAGAGCCUGCUCAAACCCCAAAGCAAUUUCCAGCACCAUGUGGAGCACCUGCUCACCAUGCGGCUGGACAGGGACAUCCGCAACACCGAUGACUGCCUGGCUCGCCUGAAGGCGCUGGAGGCCCAGGGCCGGGUCUGGGGGCAGGACCUCGUCCUGCAGGUCAAGAACCAGGAGCUGGUGCUGAGCGAUGUGGAGAGCAAGGAGGAGCUGGAGAGCUACCCGCUGGGCAGCGUGCGGGACUGCGCGGCCCUGCUGGAUGCCUGCAGCUACGACUCGGUGCUGGCCGUCAGCGUGCAGGAGCAGAGCCCCCCCGGCACCAGCGUCCUGCUCUUCCAGUGCGACCGCAUCGGGGCCCAGACGCUGAAGAGCAGCCUGGAGAAGCUGGUGAAGCAGUGCAAGGAGGAGCAGAACCAGUAUGGACACAGGGCCCCUUCGGACCUGUCCGACACGAUCCCCCCGUACAUGUCAGCCCCCUACAGAGCCCCGGAGCGGUGGGCAGGCACCCCAGAGCCCACCUCACCUGCACUGCCCCAGCACAGAUCAUCCUCCUUGGACUACAGGGGGGGCAGCUGGGACCACCCCCCAGCACCAGCCACCCAGCAGAACACCUGGGUCAACCCCUCAGGCCAGGCCAUGUCUGAAACCGACCGAGACGUGAUGGUCCUCAACCACGUGCUGGACGACAUAGAGCUCUUCGUGAAGCAGGUGAAGGAUGCCCUCAGCCUGACGAGCACCAAGAACCAGAAAAAGAAGAAGAAGAGCAAAGCUCUGCCACCCGAGGCCAGCUACAAGGACUUUUUCCAGAAGGUGAAAUAUGCCCUGAACCUCCUGGGAAUCACCCACCAGCAGCUAGAGAACCCGGACCCUGCCCAGCUGCUGCACCUCAUCUUCGAUACCCUGUCCUUCGUCCUGGACAACUGCCCCAACCACAGACUGGCGCCAGCGGUGGAUGCACCGCUGCUGAUCCCGGAGGCGGUGGAGCUGCUGGAGAAGACCCUGCACCCGCAGGAGUACAGCACCUGGAAGAUGCUGGGCAUCGCCUGGAACAAGACCAGGGCCGAGUACCCCAACAGCGAGCAGGUGCCCCCCUACAUCCCCACCUUCUCUGACGGGUGGCUGCCCCCACCCAUGAUGAAUCCAGAGCAGCAGCAGCAGUCACCGGCCACCAGCUACAAGAACACCCCCAGCUAUGGGAACAUCCCCGGCCAUAGGAACGAGGACAUUCCCAGCUACGGGGACGUUCCCGGCUACGGGGGCACUCCUGGCUAUGGGAGCAUCCCUGGCUAUGGGAGCACUCCUGGCUACGGGAGCACUCCCAACCGGGGGGACGUUCCCAGACGCGGGGACAUUCCUGGCCAGGUGCCCUUUUCGCCCCCCCCCAGGCUGGCGCGGGCUCUGUACGAGUUUCAGGGCAGGAACCCCCAGGAGCUGAGCGUCAGGAUGGGGGACACGCUGGAGGUGCUGGACCAGCAGAAGAAGUGGUGGCUGGUGCAGAACAGCAUGGGGCACAAGGGCUACGUCCCCAGCAACAUCCUGGAGCCGCUGGGGCACGAGGACGGCUGGAGCCAGGUCAGCCCCCCCAACCUGCACAUGGGCUCCUCGCCGGCGGAGGUGACGGCCUGGCUGAAGGACAAGGGCUUCUCGCGGAUCACGGUGAGGUGCCUCGGGGUGCUGUCGGGCCACCAGCUGCUGCAGAUGACGCCGGAGGAGCUGCGCGCCGUCUGCCCCGAGGAGUGGCGACGCGUCCUCUUCAAGCUCUCCUCCGUCAAGACGUCCCUGGGGAUGAGCCCCAGGGACUGAGCCCCAGGGACCACGCCGACGCCGUCCCCAACAUCCUCCUGCUGCCACCCCAGGACGGAGCGACCCGGGGGGGGCAGCCCUGCAGGACUGGGGGGGCCUGGCAGCAGGAGGUUCCCCAGCCCCUUAGGGCACCCAUUCCUCCCAAAAGCACCGGCGGUGGGAAGCUGCUGGGGGGGCACCAGGGAUCCCCCGGGGAGAACUGCUCUGCAGAAGCCGGGGGGAAGCCGGGUACCCCCCCGGGGGGGCCACGCACCGCGAAAGGCUCGCACGAGCCCUGCAAGGCUGAGCUGCUGCUGUGGAAAAUAAAGAGAAUGACAGCA